AUGUCGCCAGCUGUUCUGCUCCCACAGAAUACCCCAAUCAAGGCUAAGACGUCGGUCGGAAACGUAAGCCUCGACGUUUUCCCUGACGGCAUCAAGACUGCUGGCCAGCACCCACCUAUUUACGAAAAGCUCUACCCCUACAGUGCCUUCCCUAAGCAUAUUGAUGCUCCUACGAAAUGGAACCCGGAGGACUAUGAGAACAACCCUGAGAGAUGGGUUCAUCGGUUCACCGAAGCUGAGCUUGAGGAACUGAGCACGGCUGCCGAUAAGUUCAUUGCUGCUGGCACCCCGCUCACCGGCAUCACUAAGGAGAACUUUCCUCUCCCCGGGCUUGCACCACUGCUCGCCACCACGAGAGACCACCUGCUCAACGGAAAGGGCUUCAACCUAUUCAAGGGGAUCCCUGUUGCUGAAUGGGGCAAUCACAAGUCUGCCGUCGCCUACGUCGGUCUGGGUGCAUACAUUGGCUACGCAGUCAGUCAAAAUGGCCGAGGCCACAUUUUGGGGCACGUAAAGGAUCUUGGGGAGGACAGCACUGCCAUCCACAAAGUGCGCAUCUAUAGAACCAAUGCUCGUCAAUUCUUCCACGCCGACCCCUGCGACAUUGUCGGCCUCCUCUGCAUCACUAGAGCUCAAUCCGGUGGCGAGAGUGACGUUGCGUCUAUCCACAACGUCUGGAACAUCCUCCAAGCAGAGCGACCAGACAUUGCUGAACUGCUCACUAAACCAGUCUGGUACUUUGACCGCAAGGGCGAGGUUUCCACAGACAUCGACGAGGAUCCCUACAUCCGCACGGCUGUCUUCUACCUUGAGACCCCUGACCCAAACAACACCGGCCGUGAGCAGCGUGUGUACUGCAAGUGGGAUCCCUACUUCGUCCGUAGUCUGACACGGUUCUCUGACGCGGGCGUUAUCCCUCCCCUCUCGCCAGAGCAGCAGGAGGCUAUCAAGAUCCUGGAGGAUACCUGCCAGAGGGUCAGACUGCAUAUGAUCCUCGAGGUCGGCGACAUCCAAUUUGUUAGCAACAGCCACACUCUGCACGCGAGAACCGAGUAUACCGAUUUCCCCCCCGAGAGCGGCAAGCCCAAGCGUCACUUGAUGCGCCUCUGGCUUUCCACUCCCGUGAGCGAGGGUGGUUGGUCUCUGCCGUUCUGGGAUGCGAACGAGAAGAAGCGAAGUGGAAUUCAGGUGAAUGAUACACCUCCUGUGGCUCGUCUUGAUGCGGAUUAA